GAAAAACGGAUAGCGAGAAUCCGUCGUAUUGGCAUAUUCCCUUUCCAUUCCAACGAAAGAGAAUUGGAUAACUCAGGAAAGAGAAUCGCAGGUGGAUGUAGCCCCGAACGGUCAAGAUGAGCUCCUCGGCCGUCCGGCGAAAGUCCUACAAAAAGGCCCAGGAGGACGCAGGGCCCUAUUGGGAAGGUGACUCUGCCAGUGCUGGCGGGGGUGAAGUGACCGCCGGGAAACUACAAGUCAUGGAGAAGUUCUUCUCACCGGUGGAAGAUGAGCACAAAGGUCUCUCAGACCGACAUCGACGGACAGACAACCGCUUCGCGACUGCUGCCUCAUUGUCCUCAUCCUCAUCCACUUUCUCCUCGUCGGGCUCAUCAGCCUCGUGGUCGUCAGACGCCAGCUUCGAUAAGGAAGCGUUCUCAGCAUCCACAGACUCUCGUUAUCCUCGCCAGUAUCCGCAGCAUUCGCAGUCCUGUAUUGACGUCUCUAGAGGAGGGAGAAAAAUCGGCAACCACGACGGGACCUCUCAAAUCGGCGACCACGAAGAGACUGCUCACUUGGCCGAAAUGGAAGCCUCUUCUUUCGCUCGUUUGCAGAAAGGACAUAGCAAAAGUGUUGACCGCUUGAUGCACCGCCGGCAAGCCACCGUCGACCGACAAAUAUACAAAGCGACGAGUUUGGUUUUCAACGCCGAAACGAGUCGAAACAAUCGCCGCAACAACACCCCCAAUAAAGGCAUCUUGAAGAACGGAGAAGACCGGAUGUGGAAAGCGAAGUCGAUCGAGACCAUAACGGUGAGGCCGACAAUGGGAAAAGAGGUUCGCGGAUCUACUUUGGGUCCCGCUCGGCCCCUCCAGCGCCGACAACAGCCCCCCAACAGCUUGGAUUUGAGCACCCCGCAAAAGCCGUCACUGUCAACCGAACGACUACGCCGGGUGGAAGAGAAGCUGCGUUUCUCGGAAUUCCUCAACGAGAUCACGAAGCAAGUGAUGAGCCCGUCGAGCCUCAAUUCGUUGGGGUGGAAGCCCCCCGGGUCAGCACCGGUCAGCAAGGCCCCUAGCACUGAGGGGUCCUCCUCCUCCCCGGGGUCGGUGGCCGAGGUGAAGGCGAAAAAAUACGAGGGUGCCUCUCCCGCUGUCUUCGGACGCCGCCGGACCGGGAAAGAGGUAGAGGGGAGCGAGGCCCACGAAGAAGGAGGGGCCCCCAAAAGGGGGGUGAAGGAGGCCGGGGGCGAGAAAGAGGCACAAGCCAAGGGAAAGGAGCUGCUCUCAGAAGACAAUGCAGAACAACUUCUGUCGCCCGAAGCAGUGGCGCUGCCCUCGUCCCCGGAGCAAAGCGACCUGCAGAGAACUUGGGAGGAGCUGGAGAACCUCAAAGGGAAGUUCAGCCGGCUCCAGGAGGAAUAUUCGGACACCCGGCUGACCAACCAGUUGCUGGAAGAGAAGCUUCACAUCAUUGCGGGGAGCAUGGCGGAGGAGCGUCAGGCGCUGAACCAGCGCAUCAACGAACUUCUGGAGAGACUCAUUAGCGCCCAGAACACCAUCAACGCCCUGGAGAAGAUCAACAUCUCGGGGCUGGUGUGCGGCCAGCGGAGGAGGCAAGGUGUACGGCCGGACACCCCGGACAGUCUCUCCUCACUGCUCAACCUGGAGGUGGCUCCCCCCGCGGCCUUCAUGGACGGCGCCCCAGAAGCCGCCCUCAGCCAGUCGGACUCGGCACCCGAGGCAGGGAAGCCCAAUGGGAGCUCUGGGUCAGAGUCUGGAGGGGGGGCCAGGCACCGUGGCCGGGGACAUGGGACCCACACCGCCUUUGCCCCCUGGAAGCCGAGGCCUACCCGUUUCCCAUCUGAAACAGUCAACUCGACGGAGAGCGAAUGCAGCGGAGAGGAGAUGGUGCCGCUUUGUGGUCCGACAUUCACAGCCCCGCGCUUCUUGUACCUGCGGCAAGAGGCUUUGGUGGCGCCUACGGGAGCCGGGGAUUUCCCUCCAUUGGCUUCAAUGGAGCCAUCAGGUCCUGGUGCUUUUCCUCCAUUGCAUUCUAUUAGUCCUGGUAUUGUAGGAAAGGGUUAA